AUGUACCUCACCAUCAAACUCACUGCGUCCUUGCCCGAGGGCAUCAGACCCUGCGAGUUCUCUACGCCAAGUGUUUACCUCUUCAACCAUGGAGUCCGUCCUAAAAGGCGCGGGGUUGACGAGGAGAUAUAUAAGGCGACAUUUCUGGUAUCCAACGGGGAGGGAUUGGAGAUCGAAAUGAGAGGGCAAAGCCGCUACAAAGUCGAGAGAGCGAAGACAAAUGCUAGAUCGAAAGAGCGCAAACUGAGCAAGAAACGAGAUGGCCUGGAGAUUGACCUGUAG